AGCGGUUUAAAAGCACCUUCACUUGAUGAAAAAUUAAAAACCAGACUUCAAAACUUGAUAAAAAACUUGAGCUAAUUUCCGAACAUAAGAAAGUAAAGAUGGCAAAUGCUACUUCUUCAGCCCAUAUCCCAGAGGUGGUGCUUGGCUCUUCCAUUGGCCCCAAGAACAUGCCUGCGCUUGCCUUUGGCACAGCAGCUGACAACGUACAGCCUAAUCUGUUGAAAACAGCAGUUCUUGAGGCCAUCAAGCUUGGCUACAGGCACUUUGAUACAGCUGCCAUUUAUGGCUCAGAGCAGACUCUGGGAGAAGCUAUAAAAGAAGCACUUAAGCUUGGCCUUGUUGCUUCCAGAGACCAACUCUUCAUCACUUCAAAGCUAUGGAGCAAUGAUGCUCAUCCUCAUCUUGUCAUUCCUGCUCUCAAGAAAUCACUUGAAAAUCUUCAAUUGGAGUACCUUGACCUGUAUCUCAUCCACUGGCCCAUCAGUGCUAAGCCAGGAAAAUUGGUGUACCCACUAGUUGACCUUAUGCCAAUGGACUUCAAGGGUGUGUGGGCAGCCAUGGAAGAAUCUCAGAGACUUGGCCUCACCAAAUCAAUUGGAGUCAGCAAUUUCUCCAGCAAAAAGAUUGAAACUUUACUCUCUUUUGCUACCAUUCCUCCUUCGGUCAAUCAAGUGGAGAUGAGUCCAUUCUGGCAACAGAAGAAGCUAAGAGACUUCUGCAAGGCCAAUGGUAUAGUUGUGACUGCCUUCUCUCCUUUGGGUGCCAUGGGGACCAGUUGGGGCGCCAAUCAUGUUAUGGAAAGCAAAGUGCUCCAGGAUAUAGCAGAGGCUCGAGGAAAAACAAUUGCUCAGGUUUGUAUUAGAUGGGUGUUCCAAGCAGGGGCAACUCUUGCUGUUAAGAGCUACAACAAGGAGAGGUUGAAACAGAAUCUGCAGGUGUUUGACUGGGAGCUAUCAGAGGAUGACCUUAACAAGAUCAAUCACAUCCCACCGCACAAAAUGAUGAGGAGAGAAGAACUGGUUUCUGCUGAUGGAUCAUCAUCACCAUACAAAUCCGUUCAAGAAUUAUGGGAUGGAGAGAUUUAGGUCUGAAAUGAAAACCAAUCCUUGUGUAACUUGUUUGUGUGCAUCCAAACAUAGAGGCGCUGUUGAGGGAAAGUGUGAGUCUCCCAACAUAAUUUCACCACCACUGUCUAAGCAAUGGGGUUUUAUUAUUUAUUUUAGGUUUGGUCCAUUCGAGAUGAAACAUCUCUUAAUUACAACCCUUGUUAUGAAUUACAAGAGAAAACUCGUUGAUUAAAAUUACAAAGGAACAUAAUUUGGGGGAACGUGUGUUUGUUUGGUUUUGUAGUUGCACCUAAGUAAAAGCUUAAGUUGCCUACAUAUCCAUUGAGAGAAUCAAGCCACUCGUAAUUCAAGGAAUCUUAGUGUGUGAAUGACCCACUAAAACAAUGGUUUGUGUAUGGAAAUUUGUAAUGUUUGUGUGGGGAAAUUUGUGGGCCAAUUUGGAUUUAGAAUAAAUCAGUGAUUCUGUUUAGAAUUAUGUUUGGGGUGAAUUUGGUUAAGAGAAACUAGGGAUUCGAAUUUGGUUGUGGUUGUAUCUAGUGGGAGGCUAGACUGUCUAUGUACCCUUAAUGGGAUCAAACCAACGUAAUUCCAAAACUUGGGUGGUUUAAUUUGUAUGCUUUUAUACCACUUGGGUCUUUGACGUGGUCUGGUACCAUUUGGGCUUUGGCGUGGUUUUGUACCACGUGAUUUGGUGUGGUUUUGUACCACUUGAGAUUUUAUGUGAUUUUAUGCCACUUGAGUCUU